AUGAGCAACAGAAAACUAAAGCCCGAGGAACCGAUGGAUGAACCGAACGAGUUUUCUGUAGAAAAAAUAUUAGACAGUAGGCUUAUUGAGGGCAAGGUUCAAUAUUUUCUCAAGUGGAAGGGGUAUUCUUCGGAAGAAAAUACAUGGGAACCGGAAGAGAACCUGGAAUGUGAUGAUCUUAUACAAGCGUUUAAAGAAUCCCGCAAGAAGAAAGAAGUAAAAGAGGAGGCCUCUGGCAGAAAGAGUAGAAUAAAAGAUUCAUCUGAAGAGCCUAAAACUACUCCUGCUAAAAGAAAGUUUACUGGGGAUAGGAAAAUAGGGUUCGAACGUGGUUUGAUUCCAGAAGAAAUCAUCGGCGCAACAGAUGAUCAUGGAAAACUCUUGUUUUUGAUGAAGUGGAAGAAUGCAGCAAAUGCAGAUUUAGUACCCGCCGAACAAGCUAACGUCAAAUGUCCUCAAAUUGUUAUUAAGUUUUAUGAAUCUAGACUUACCUGGCAAUCAGCAGAAUCAAGGUUCGAAACAAAAGAGGAUUAAUUUUGCCCCCUUAAUCUGAUUAUUUUGCAAAGAAAGGUCCAAGAGGAUCCUGUUUCAGUGUCAGUAAGAGAGAAUUUAAAAUACACCUCAGGUUUUAGGUAUAAACACGUAAAGAAUGUUAUUUUGUUAAAUCGCAUGGAAAUAAUCGAUUAAAUUUUUAUAUGAAGCAAGUAAA